UGCGCACCGAUGUCCUCCCACUCGUUCAUUUCGUGCACGAUCAUCAUUAUGGGAUCAGCGAGAAGACGUGCUCCAGCAGAACAUUCUUCGUACGUAGUAAAGCUUGGCCAACUCGUCUUCUAGCUUCGGGUCCAGAAUAAUGCCGUGCUCUUUGCAAAUUGCUCAACCUUUCGGCUGUUAUGGCGGUCGUCCAGGCGAGUCCCCCCGAAACUUGAAUGUUACGAACCAGCCUCGACGCUCGACCCAAAUGGGUAUUAGAAAAUCCAAACAACCCCCCGCAACCGAUCUUGGUGUACAUAAGGCUUGCGAUCGGGGAGCAACCCUUCCUUUCAACCCACGAUAUCCCUUUCACCUUCCUGGCUCUGCGCCCUACACUCAUUUUUUCACUACACUCGUUGAUCUGCGGACUUCUUCGCGAUGCGCGUUACUUCUGCAUUCGCUGCCUUCUCGCUGGUUGGCGCUGCGUAUGCAGGGCUGAGCGGGUCAUCUCACAGCUUCAGUCACCGACACCAACAUAAACGAGACGGAACGUCGAGUGACGGAUGGAAGAUGUACAAGUAUCUCACGGGAGAUGACCUUAUUGAUUAUUUCAACUUUGACGAAAAGGCAUCUGACAACCAGGGCGUCGCUAACUAUGUCGACGGGAAGAGCAGUGGGCUGGUGUAUACCCAGUCUAAUGGGAAGGUUCGGAUUGGCGUUGACCAGGCGGAAGACGUGGCUCUGCGAAAUGCUGUUCGAAUGUCGUCGAAGGAGACGUUCAACCCGUCACAGAACCUGUUGUUCAUCAUCGACGUUCACCAGAUGCCUAGUAUGUGUGGCGUUUGGCCCGCUAUUUGGUUCACGGGUGGCGGAACCUGGCCUGAAACUGGCGAGAUCGACUUGGUCGAGGGCGUGAACUCGUAUACUCAAAACACGAUGUCCGUUCACAGUGGUGAUGGCUGCUGGAUGGAUGCGAACAACGUCAACGGGGCGAAGCUGAACGUCGAUCCUUCGGAGGGCGGUACCAACUGCAAUGCGAAUGCGAACUACCAGUCUUGCGGUGUUUCUGUCAACAGCAAGACCAGUUUCGGUAAAGCCGCGAACGAUGUCAAUGGAGCCAGUUAUGCACUCGAGCUCACUACGGAUGGUAUCAAGAUGUGGUGGUGGAACACCGACCAUGGUCCAGUGGACGUCAACUACGGCCUACCGACUCCAAGCUCUUGGGGUAAUCCUACCCUCCAAGUUGACUCCUCGACCUGUAAUACGUCUGACCACUUUAAGGAUUUGAUGCUUAUCAUCAAUACCAACCUGGGCGGAUUCUUUACGACCGGUGUUUGGGACGUUGAUCAAGCUGGCGGUCAAGAAAAAUGUUGUCAGGACGUCACUGGUUUCUCCGACGCUCGAAGCUAUGUAUUGUCGCAGGGUUCGGAAUUCGGCGAUGCCGCCGCUUGGGUGAGGGUUCAUUUUCUUCUGAUAUUGGUCCGUGUGCUGAGUAUGGAAAAUAGGUUUUGAAUGGUAUCUACAUCU